GUCGGGGUCAUUAUACUAGAGCAGCUUGUUUCAUGCAUUACAUGGUUCCUCCCUGAAAGUCUGAUCAGUUUCUUCACCUCAAUGGUGAAGUUCGUCUUCCGUCUCCACGCCUCGAGCAACCCACUAUACAAUCGUUAUCUCAAAGGCCACAAUUUAGAGACGGACAAACUACUCGGUAAAAUAGAGAGGCUGCGUGAAGCGCAAUACUUUGAGCAACUAUGUGCCAUCCAUGGAUUUAAGGCACAGAGCCACCUCGUCCAAACUAAAGACGGCUACCUUUUAACUGUGCACCGACUUGACCCCCAUGAGAACGGGUACCGUCCAAACGGUAAAAUUGUUUACUUCCAGCACGGCUUGUUAAUGAACAGCGAAAUCUGGGUGCUCAUGGCCGAUACUCGGCAGAACCUGCCGUUCCGGCUCUGUGAACUGGGCUAUGAUGUUUAUCUCGGUAAUAACAGAGGAAAUAAGUACUCUGCACGCCACGUUUCCCUUUCGGUGAAUGAUGCGGCCUUCUGGGAUUUUUCUAUUGACCAGUUUGCUCUAUUUGACAUUCCAGCGUCGAUAGACCAUAUUCUGGAGAUAAAUGGCGCUUCACAACUGAUCUACGUUGGGUUCAGUCAGGGAUGCUCACAAAUUCUUGCCUCUAUAUCUGUCAACCAUCCUCUAAAUAUGAAAAUAAGCAAGCUUGUGCUGAUUUCUCCCGCCACAACGCCGAAGAAACUGUCCAAUUGGCUCAUCAAUUCGAUUGUGAACUUCCAGCCAGCGCUGAUAUACCUGCUUUUCGGCCGCAAAAUUCUUCUGAAGUCGGUUUUAUUCUGGAAAGAGAUCACGUAUCCACCUUUCUUCUCCAAACUCAUCGACUUGUCGAACGAGAUUCUGUUUGACUGGAAGUCUCUCAACAUCGACCCAGUCCAGAAGUUUAUCUGCUACUUUCACCUGUACUCGACAACGUCGGUGAAGAGUGUGGUCCAUUGGUUCCAGAUCAUCAAAUCCAAGCGGUUUCAGAUGUACCAGGAAUCUGAACUAUUUCCUGCGUUUGAGUAUCCAAUACACACAAACAUCAAGCUGUCCAAGAUUCUGCUUAUUUACGGCAUGUCUGACUCGCUGGUGGACAUUCAACAGAUGACCAUGCAGCUUCCUGAGUUUGAGGAGUACAACAUAUCCGUUCUGAACAAUCAGGAAAUGAAGCCUGAACUCGUGGAGGUGGUCGACAACCAAAAGGUGGACGAUACGAUGAACAGCAGCGAUGGGGAGAAGUUGCAGAUCGUGGGCGUGGAGAACUACGAGCAUCUGGACCUUGUGUGGGGCCAGAACAUCGAGUUUUAUGUGAUCAACAACGUGUUGGAGUUUUUGAGCGACUAAAGCUUCAAUCUAUAUUUCUGUGCAUAUUUCUCAAUUCUUUCCUUUUUUGGCGAAGAUAGUUGUAGAAUAAAGCGUAAUUCUGGAGCACCACGGCGAUCCUGGUGGAGUGGAACGCCCAGUCGGGGCCGAUUUGCGCGAUGCUUGUUAGUUCCGGGACGAGAUCUGGGAACAGACUGCUAAAAUCCAGUUUUUGUGUCAAGUUUGUGAACGACGCACUGGAAGGUCUUCGCGGUCGCACGGCGGCUUUUUCUGGUUUGUGAGCACGCGUACGACGUUUCGUGCUGAUUGGAAUAAGAAGCGACGGAGACUUGGACAGUAUGCUGAUGGGGAUGUCAUGAGGAACCCCGGAUUCGAUAUGCUUUCUGGCCUUUUUUUUGCUAGCUGGGAUGUACGAAAGCGUGACUAGCUUCGAGUUCUUCAGUUCCCGGAGAUACUCGGGCAGCGAAGAAGGAUCCUGCGAGCGCAGCAGCCGUGGAGGCUCAGGAUGAGCAGUACGAUCCAUCAGAUAGUAAUAAUUUGCAUUGUGUGAGAUGAAACCUUGUAGGCACGCGCGCACAAUUGGCAGAGAAGUUCGUUAUGCUUCAAGAUACGAGGUGUCCGUUUUUAGUCCGGCAUGUGGAGACCGACGCAAACAAGGGUUUCCUUAGUUUGAACGGGAUGCAUGAUUUC